AUGGAAAAAGAGUCCGAGGAUAAGCUUCAGCAGCUUUUCCAAGAAUUGCCUAAAAAACAUGCAUUUAGCCGUGAGUUUGGGCAAUUCAACGGCUUUUGGUUUCAUGUAGACAUUCUUCGCGGUAUACUGAGAUUUCAUCAACACUUCAAAGAUGCCCAUGAUUCCGACAUAAUAUUAGCCACCCUACCUAAAUCAGGUACCACUUGGCUUAAAGCCCUAAUUUGGAGCAUUGUUAACCGCAAAAAUCAUCCGAUUUCUGAAAGCCCUUUGCUCCACAACAAUCCCCAUGGACUUGUCCCGUUCUUAGAGAUCGAGCUGUACUCAAGACCCGAAAUUCCUGACAUCACAUCCAUACCCGACCCACGAAUUUUCGCGACACAUUUACUUUUUCAGUGCCUUCCAAAUGCCAUUUUAGAUGAAUCCCGCUGCCGAGUAAUCUAUCUUUGCAGGAACCCUUUGGAUGUGUUCACAUCUUGGGUGCAUUUCAUGUUGCAAAAUGGUUCUUUCCCUCAAGGGCCAGAUCAAGAUCAAGCGGUAUUUGUGAAUGAAGUUUUUGAUGCAUUUUGCGAGGGUACAUCUCACUAUGGUCCAUUCUGGGAUCACAUUUUAGGAUACUGGAAGGCCAGUUUAAACAACCCUGAAAAAUUUUUGUUUUUGCAAUAUGAAGAUCUUAUAAAAGAUAUCGAUUCCUCUCUGGAAAAAAUGGCGGAAUUCCUUGGAUGUAGUUUCACGAAGGAGGAAGAAAAUGAAGGUAUAGUUCAAGAGAUAGCAAAGCUUUGCGGCCUCCAGAAUCUCAAGAACUUGGAAUGCAACAAAAAUGGUGAAACUGAACAUGUUCGUAAAAACAAACAUAGUUCAUUUUUCAGGAAGGGAGAAGUUGGAGGUUGGGUUGGUUAUCUCUCUCCUUCCAUGGCUGAACGGCUUCAGAGCCUGUUGCGAGAUAAGUUUGCCGGCUCUGGUUUGACUAUGAAAAUUUACCAAGCCUCUUCAUAUCAAUCCAAUGAAAUGGAACAGAAAUUUGAGGAUCAGCUUGAAAGUCUUUUACAAAAAUUGCCAAAAAAACACAAAUUCGGCCGUGAGUUCGCACAAUACAACGGCUUCUGGUUUCUUGCAGCCAAUCUUCGAGGUAUGCUGAGGUUUCGUGAACACUUCAAAGAAACCCGUGAUUCCGACAUCAUAUUAGCCACCAUGCCUAAAUCAGGUACUACAUGGCUUAAAGCCCUGACGUGGAGCAUAGUCAACCGCGAAAAGUAUCCGAUUUCUGAAAGCCCUUUACUCUACAACAAUCCUCAUGGACUUGUUCCGUUCCUAGAGGCCGAGUUAUAUGCGAGACCCAAAAUUCCUGAUAUUGAAUCCAUGCCUGACCCGCGGAUCUUUGCGACCCAUGUACUUUAUCAGUGCCUUCCAAACACCAUGCUGGAAGGUUCGAGCUGUAAAGUAAUCUAUAUUUGCAGAAACCCUUUGGAUGUAUUUACAUCUUGGCUACAUUUCUUGCUGCAAAAUGACGCUUUUCCUCAAGGGCUAGAUCGAGAUCAAUCGAUGUUUGUGAAUGAAGUUUUCCAAGCAUUUUGCGAGGAUACAUUUCAUUACGGUCCAUUCUGGGAUCAUGUUUUGGGAUAUUGGCAGGCAAGCUUAAAUAACCCUGAGAAAGUUUUGUUCUUGAAAUAUGAGGAUCUUCAAACGGACAUCAAUUCCUCUGUGAGAAAGAUUGCUGAGUUCUUGGGAUACUGUUUCAGUAAGAAGGAAGAGAAUGAAGGUUUGUUUGAAGAGAUAGCAAAGCUUUGCAGCUUCCAGAAUCUCAAGAACUUGGAUUGCAACAAAUAUGGUGAAACACAAAAUCAUGUGUUUAAAAGCAAAAACAGUUCAUAUUUCAGGAAGGGAAAAGUUGGAGAUUGGGUUGAUUUUCUCUCUCCUUCCAUGGCCGAACGACUUCAAAGCUUGACACAAGAUAAGUUGGCGGGAUCUGGUCUGACUCUGAAAAUGCAUUGUAUAAACUAA